ACCAUGAUGCAGUUUAUUUCUGAAACUUUUGCUGUGAAAAACUGCCCAAUAGUUGGCUCUUCGACAAAUACCAAAGUCUCCGCUAUAGACCAGGGAGAAGAAGAAGAAGAAGAGUGGGAGAGCUGGGUUCCCUUGGUACCUCACUGGAGACAGAGAUUUUGCUGGGACUGUGGAGUAGCGUGUUCUUAUAUGAUUUUGCGUUACUAUGGCUUGCAGGUUCCGGUCAAUGAACUUUACGAAAAGCUUUGGACUCAAAGUGUUUGGACCAUUGACCUGGUCCUCUUAUUGCACAGCUAUGGGUUGCAAUUAACUUAUUACACCGUUACAUGGGGAGUAAGAUUGGAAUACAGCAAGCAAGAGUUCUAUCAGCCUCAUUUUCAAGAAGAUAGAGUCAGAGUUCAGCGCUUAUUUGGAGUGGCAAAGUCGCAGAACCUGAAAAUUCUGAGACAGUCAGUUUCUCUUGAAGAGUUAAAGAAAAGACUAAAGAGAGAUUGCCUUGUACGAAAAUAUUCAAAUAAUACGGUUUUCCAGAAAAACGCAGAAAAAGGGGAGUUAUUAUUAUUGUUAGUGGAUAAGAGACUUUUGAAGUGUAAACUGUGUCAACGCAAGACGUCAGCUUUGAGUUGGUUUAAAAAGUUGUGUUUUCCUGGUUUUUUGGGUCACUAUAUCAUACUUUGGGGUUACUGUCCUCGAAAGGAUAUUUUCUGGUAUUCAGACCCAGCUAGUUGUCAAAGAUUUUGUAUAGUGCGAAGUGACGUGUUGGAGUUGUGUAGAAAGUCAUAUGGAACAGAUGAAGACCUUAUUGUUGUUCACGGUUUUCACAAACCUUCUUAAAGUCAGUUUGCUUGAGCUACCACCACUUUAAGUGACAGUCGUUCAAGCAACAAUAGAGGAGUCUGUUUAUUUCUUUUUGUAAAGUUGUACGCCUCUUUCGACACCAAUAAGCUAAACAAUAUAAAGCUUCUGGCUUCCUCGAGGCAACUCUUUCUUGGCACUAGGUAAAACUAUCUGGCAGGAGUAUGUUGUGAAAAACAAUCUAACAGACUCCCGUGGCAUAAGUGCCUAGUUUUCAGAACAAGU